CUCCUCUUUCCUGAAUCUGCCACUUAUGACUCGUAUCAAGGAGAACUCUGAUGUUCAUCAUUGAACUGCAGACCUUUCGUCUCGCGAGGACCCAUUGCCUUCCAAGUCCCGAGAAAUAUCAGCUAUAAGCACGAUGGAUAGAGGCACCGACUCACACAACAUAUCUUCGCAAUCCAGAUCGAAACUGAACGCUUUCCGGUACGGCAAUCAAGAUGGACCGAGUCCGGAUAAGACCCCUCAAAAGACUGGCUCAGAACCUGGCCAUGCGAACAAAGAAAAUCAGACAUCUUGGUUGAAUGGAGUGGUGGAAGAUAGGCGAUCGGAGACGAGCAAUCAGAAACCUUCAACCGAGACAACUGAACCAAAGACAUUGAAAGAAUGCCCCCACACCCCAGGAAACCGAAUCCCUCUGGCAGAUCUUAUUAACAACGCAGAGGAUGCCUUUAAUCAGGCUCCAAUGCAGGAGUUUACCCCAGAAGACUAUGUUAUCUGGCAGCAUGUGCCCGUGAGCUCGAAUCCGGAUGGGACACCUGGAACACAGAGAAGGAAGCGCCGCCACAGCUCGUCCCCGACUAGCUCUCCCCUGGCAGGUACUUCGAAGAGUAGACGAAAAAGAUCCCUCGACCUGCAGAACUAUCAGGGACUUAUCAAAACCCCUCAGAAUGAUCUCGCCACAGACCUGUGGAAUAGCUAUGUGAGCAAGACUCUUGCUAACGGCAAUGGAGAACUACUUCAACCACGCCUCACAAAUCUCCUUUCUUCUUCACCACAGACUCCAGCGUCGAUGCGUACGAGCCGGGAUUCUUCAGGUCUCAGGCGAUCGAAUAGCUGUAUGGCUGAAUGGCCUAGCUCGAAAGCAAAGCGGAGACGGAUCGAUAAAGAAAAGUUCGGAACAGGACGCAGUAUAUUUUCACGAACAAGGAGUAAUGUUGUCGACUCGGGGAACUACCAGAGUCCCAAUAUCAGCUCUCUCGUGAAGCAGAUCGAGAAAACUCUGCAAAAGGUCCCCAGGCCACCACCGGACAGAUCUGACGAGUCUCCUGUUCCAGCGCGCAACCAUGUUCGGCGUAAUAGAUCAGCAUCUCCGACCGAGGAUAGAAAAGGGCCAGCCCUGCCUUCAAGGAAGUCUAGCCAAGUGCAAGAACCUAGGGUCAUUCAUGUUGUGCCUGAAGACAGGAAACCCUUGGAGGAAUCCUCGUCUGACUAUGGGGAUGAUGACUUUGACCAGGACUUCUUUGAUCUUGCAGAAGCUUCCAUGGAUCCAUUUGUGGAUGCCGAGUCUCAUCACCACGGCGAUAUCCCUCUGAGCGAGAAACGUGUGAACAAUAACACUCCAACAGACAUCCGCUUUUCGGCAAAAGAAACAAAUGAUACCGGUGUGAUGAAUACGAAAAUUGAUGAGGACAAACCGACCAAUAACGAUAAUACCCUUGACGCUGACGAGUUUGAUGAUGAUUUCGAUGGCAUUUCGGAUGAUAUGGAGGAUCUCCUCGCUGAAUGUGAUAAUGCUCCAAGCACGAAGCUGGCAAGCAUCAUUUCUACGGAGACAUUGGCCCCCAAGCAGCCGAUAUCCGUGGUUGGAUCUGGAAACCGGUUUGCAUCGACAUCUAGAGCGCCCAAUCCAACGGAUCUGGGCUCAGAGACACCCUCUGGUGAUGAAUUUGACGAUGAUGGCUUAGACUUGGAGGCUAUCGAACAGUCCAUGGUGCACUCUGGAGCAGCUGGAUCAAACAAUGUUUGUCAUUCUUAGUGGGUA